AUGGCCGGCGUCAGAAGCUUUUUCUUGUUCGCGGCGAUUGCUUUACUGUUCGCUGGUCGUUAUGGAGACGCUACCGCAGCCUCUAGAGGUUACAUUAAAUAUAAAGAUCCAAAAGCAGCGGUUGAAGAUAGAGUAGAAGACUUAUUAACACGUAUGACAUUACCUGAGAAACUUGGUCAAAUGUGUCAAGUUGAUCGUUUCAACUUCUCUACCCCCUUUGGUCCACAGCCAGAAAUGUUCACAAAGUACAUGAUUGGAAGUGUUUUGAGCAAUCCCUAUGAUACUGGGGCUAAUAUAUCAAAGCGGGUUGAAAUAGCGAACAUCAUGCAAAAACUGAGUCUCUCUACGAGGCUUGGAAUCCCUAUGCUUUACGCUAUUGAUGCAGUUCAUGGCCACAACACUUUUAUUAAUGCCACCAUCUUCCCCCACAACGUUGGUCUCGGUGCCACUAGGGAUCCUGAACUUGUUAAAAAGAUAGGAGCUAUCACCGCACUUGAAGUAAGAGCAACAGGAAUCGCGCAAGCUUUUGCGCCUUGUGUUGCAGUAUGCAGAGAUCCUAGAUGGGGAAGGUGCUAUGAGAGCUAUAGUGAAGAUCCGAAAAUUGUGAAUAUGAUGACGGAAAGUAUCAUGGAUGGAUUACAGGGAAAUGCUCCUUACGUCGCUGAUUUCCAGACUAAACUGGCUGGUUGCGCCAAACAUUUUGUUGGUGACGGAGGAACGGUAAAUGGAAUCAAUGAGAACAACACUGUGGUUGACAAGAAUACUCUCUUUAAUGUCCAUAUGCCUCCUUUCGAGACAGCGGUAAAGAAAGGGAUAGCAUCAAUCAUGGCUUCUUAUUCUAGUCUUAACGGUGUUAAGAUGCACGCAAACCGGGCAAUGCUCACUGAUUACCUCAAGGGCACCCUCAAAUUUCAAGGCUUUGUUAUCUCUGACUGGCUUGGAAUCGAUAGGAUCACAACUCCACCUAGAGCAAAUUACACUUACUCUAUCGAAGCUUCCAUCAAUGCCGGCAUUGACAUGGUUAUGGUCCCAUGGGAGUACAAAGAGUUCUUGGAAAAAUUGACAAACCUAGUGAACGGUGGAUACAUUCCUAUGAGCCGUAUAGACGAUGCUGUUCGAAGAGUCUUGAGGGUCAAAUUCUCUCUCGGUCUCUUUGAGAAUCCAAUGGCAGAGAACACUCUUGCCACCGAGUUCGGAUCUGAGGCGCAUAGAGAAGUAGCGAGAGAGGCGGUGAGGAAAUCAAUGGUGCUUCUAAAGAACGGGAAGACAGACAAGGACAAAGUUGUUCCUCUCCCGAAGAAGGUGAAGAAGAUCGUUGUUGCGGGCGCACACGCUAACAACAUGGGCUGGCAAUGUGGUGGCUUUACUCUCACUUGGCAAGGAUUCAACGGAACCGGAGAAGAUAUCGCUAGGAACAAAGCCAUGCAUCUGCCUACCGGUAAAACCAGAGGAACUACAAUCUUGGACGGUAUCUUGAAAACAGUGGAUCCCACCACUGAAGUUGUCUACGUGGAGGAACCAAACCAAGAUACAGCGAAGCUUCAUGCCGAUGCAGCAUACACAAUUGUGGUCGUAGGUGAAGCUCCAUACGCAGAGACAAGAGGGGACAGCACCACUCUAAACAUGGCCGAGCCAGGUCCAGACACAAUCAGCCACACGUGUGGUAGUGGUAUGAAGUGUGUAGUGGUCCUAGUCACAGGACGUCCUCUCGUGAUCGAAGCGUACAUUGACUUCAUGGACGCUGUUGCGGUCGCUUGGCUUCCAGGAACCGAAGGACAAGGAGUCGCUGAUGUUUUGUUUGGUGAUCAUCCAUUCACUGGCACGUUGCCUCGCACGUGGAUGAAGAGUGUGUCUCAGCUUCCGAUGAACGUUGGUGACUCGACCUACGAUCCUCUCUUCCCCUUCGGAUUUGGAAUUACAAAUUAA